GUGAGCCAUCCAGCGGCAGCCAUUUCCAACGAGCUGGCGGGGGCAAAAGAUGGCGACGCCCGUCGGGUGGUCGCAGGGGGGGUCAGGGUCGGUGUGUCUCGCCUUCGAUCAACUGCGGGACGUGAUUGAGUCUCAGGAGGAACUGAUCCACCAGCUGAGGAACGUGUGGACACCCCUCCCCCACCCCAGCCUCAGGCCGUCCCUGAGCCAGGCUCUGUUGCAGAUGGUUCUCCAGGACGAAAAUUUUGUCAGUAAAGAAGAGUUCCAGGCAGUGGAGAAGAAGCUGGUGGAAGAGAAAGCUGCUCAUGCCAAGACGAAGGUCCUCCUGGCCAAGGAAGAGGAAAAGUUGCAGUUUGCCCUCGGAGAGGUAGAGGUGCUGUCUAAACAGCUGGAGAAAGAGAAGCUGGCCUUUGAAAAGGCGCUCUCCACUGUCAAGAGCAGAGCCCUGCAAGAGUCCAGCAAAAAGGACCAGCUCAUCACCAAGUGCAAUGAAAUUGAGUCUCACAUUAUAAAGCAAGAAGAUAUACUUAAUGGCAAAGAGAAUGAGAUUAAGGAGUUGCAGCAAGUUAUCAGCCAGCAGAAACAGAUCUUCAGGAAUCACAUGUCUGACUUCCGGAUCCAGAAGCAGCAGGAGAACUACAUGGCUCAGGUGCUGGACAGGAAGCAUAAGAAAGCCUCGGGGACGCAUCAGGCCCGGAGCCACCAGCGUCCCAGGGAAAAAUAAAAUGGUCUUCGCCUUUCUGUUCUCUGGCUGUA